AUGCCCGUGCGCUUCAAGGGAUUGAGUGAAUAUACGAGGAACUUCAAAUGGAAAAAGUCAGAUCUGUCAGAGUUUUGUAACCCUUCACGAGAGCAAAAAUCCUCAAGGGCUGGACUUCGAUCUGAUCAACUAGGAAUCACAAGAGAGCCAAACUUCAUUUCCAAGAGAAGGGUGCCUUACUUCAACCCACAGAUUUCAAAGUCCUUUGAAUGGAGAGGGGACAGCGAUUUGGAGGGAUAUUUGGAUGACGCACCAGAAGUUGAAGGCAUUGGGCCUGCAGAGUCACACACAGAUAACCACAGUAACGAUAGAAAUCUGGAAAACAUUGAAACACCUGAUGCACCCAGGCUUCCUAAAAAAAUUCGGUCCCACUCUGCAGAUUCUAGAAUUGAAUCAGCCAUCACCCUUGCAGAAAACAGUAGGAAGAAGUUGUCACCCCCAACUCCAGUGAACCAAAAAGCAGUAUUUGUACCUCCAAAAAAGCACUUAGAAAAAAUGGAUAAUAGGUUUCACAGAGUCCUGCAAAAGAAAUCAGGCAUGAAUAUUUCACCUUCAAAUAGUUUCCCCAGAAAUUCUGAAUAUCAAAGGCAGUUUUUAUGGAAAACCCCCCCAAAAAACUCUCCAAUGCUUGCAGCUGACCAGGUUAUUCACAAUACAAGUAAAUCCAUUCCCCCAUUUAAGUCUUCCGCAAUUAUCCCUGAAACUGAAUAUGAGAGAAGUUUCAAAGUUUCUCCUCCAGCGAUGGGACCAAAACUGAGGUGUGAUUUGGAAGAGAGAGAAUUUCCUGUAUGUGCACCAGUAAAUAUCUCCCCUGAAAGAAAGAAUGAAAGGAAAGAAACAUUCCUAAAGCCAGCGCGAGAUUCACCAAAACAAGGGAAAUCAGAAACAGAACAGAAACCACCCAAACAAAAAAAUAAGCAACAUAUUACUCAAAAGCCCCUCUCUUUACAUACAAGUCUUGGGAAGGUGAACACUGAAUAUAGAUCAAAAUUUUUGUCCCCAGCUCAAUAUUUAUACAAAGAUGGAGCUUGGUCGCGUAUCAGGAGAAACAUACCAGAUCAAGAUUCUCAAAACAUCCUAAAUUACAUGUGGUAUAUGGAGGUGAAAGAACUUCGAGAGAAAGCGGAGGCAUACAGGCAACGAGUACAGGGAACCCACUUCUCUCGGUAUCAUCUGAAUCAGAUUCUUUCAGAUAACAACAGACUUUGGGAUGUGUCCUCAAAUUCCAGUUCCGAAGAAACCAUUAGCAACACCAUCAGAGCUCUAGAUCUAGCUGGAGCUCCUGAGAAACAGAUGUCUGCAAGCCAAAACAUACUGCAGCAACCUGACUCAAUAGAACAGUCCCAACAGAACAAUACAGAGAAGUUAGGCAUGUCAGAUGCCUCCACUGUACCAGUCAGAAGACGUCUAGCUUGGGGUGAACAAGACAGUACUGAACAAGUGGAAAAUCAGCCACCAGGAUUAGAGGAAGAUGAAGAAAAAGAAAAUAAACAGGAGUCAGCAAAGGCUCAGAAAUUGGAAGAAAAUGAUAAGAAUCCUACUGUGGACAACAGAAUAAAAGGAGAAAACACCUCACUACUGAAACCUUCAGCAGAUAGGUCAGAUUCUUCUUCAGUAUCAUCAGGAAAACGUGGCAGGCUUUCUACUCCAAAGUUGAAAACACUUGGUGGAGCCCAAAGAACUCAUCAUGAUCUUACCACGCCAGCUGUCGGAGGUGCAGUUUUAGUGUCACCAUCUAAAAUGAAGUCUUCAUCCCCACAGCAGAGAAAGAAAAAGUCUUUAGAAACACACUAUUCUUCAUCCAAACAAGCCUCAGGAGAAAGAAAAUCCAGAGGGUUUGAAGGGGAAGCAGAAGCUGUAUCACUACUUGCCUCCCCAGCUGCUGGAUUGAAAACUUUAGAUCCUUUGCCUCUGAGGAAGGAUUCGUGGCCCACUAUCAAUGCUUCUGAUGAAAGAGCUUCUCCCACUUCAGCACAUCCAACUACAGCUCCUGUGCAGAAAUCAGUCAAAAGUGCUACUACCCCCUACUGGAGUCCAUGCUGUCGCAUUCAAGGGACUCUCAGGGAUCCAGAGUUCCAGCAUAAUGGGAACAUUGCGAGUCCAAAGUUAAGCCAUUUCCAGUUACCGCUGCAAGAAAGAAACUAUAAUGAUGAAGAUGACAGAUUGUCCCAGAUCUCUGCUCGCUCUGCAGCCUCUAGCUCACUAGCAUCUCAGAUUCUGGAACGAGCUCAGAAGAGGAAAGAGAAUUUUUGGGGCAAGUCGUAG